UGAAAUGUACCGUGCGUCAGAGAAGCUGACUGAAGUUAUGAGAAAGACCCAGAACGCGUUUGGACUGAUUUAUUCCUUCACAUACAUCCACGUCGCUUAUACAUCCGAGAGAAGGCUGUGUUUCUGCGAUUAAUUUGGAGUUAGCAGCACUUGCAAAAAACGUCACCAGAGCGCCAGUCAUGGCUGAAGUGGACGAGGAACAGUUUUCUCUGAUGAGUCUGGAGGAUGAGCUGACCUGCAGUAUCUGUCUGAGCCCCUUUGACUGUCCGGUGACCAUUCCCUGUGGACACAACUUCUGCCAGGACUGCCUGCUCACCACCUGGAAGAACUCCUACAGCUGUCCUCAGUGUCGGACCGUCUUCCCAACCAGACCUGAGUUGAAGAAAAACACCGUCAUCAGCACUAUUGUAAAUACCCUCAACCUCAGGUCCAACAAAAGCGAAGCCAUCCAGGACAUGGAGGAGAGCAAAGAAAAGGAGACAGAUGAUGUCAUACGCUGUGAUACAUGUAUGGAGGCAGAAGCGUCCCAGACCUGCCUGACCUGCAUGGUCUCUUUCUGUGAGGAGCACCUGCGACCUCACCGAGAAAAUCCCAAAUUUAGUGCCCACCAGCUUUGUGAUGCUGUCGGGGACCUGUCGGAGCAUCUCUGUUUGGACCACCACAAGUUAAUAGAGUUUUACUGCAGUGAACAUGGCCGUCCAAUCUGCAGCCUUUGCCUGCAACAGGUCCACAAAGGCUGCCCCUUCAUUUCACCUGAGGAGCAGAGGAACCAGAAAGAGUCUGACCUUAGGGACAAGCUGGGUUUGCUGGACACGAAGAUAGAGCGGACUGAGACUGUUUUGUUCCAAAUGAAAGAUGUGCAGAGCAAGCUCAAGGAUGCUUCAACCAAAAGGAAGACGGCGUUGGCAGGGAUGUAUCAGCAGAUACGGGAUAUGUUGGCUUUAGAGGAACGUGAGGCCCAGCAUGAGGUGGACCGGGAGAUGGAGAUUGGUCAGACCAAAGUGCAGGACUUCACAAAGAGGUUUACUGAGAACGCUGAGAACAUGAGAAAAGCCAGAGAAAAUAUCAACAGUCUGCUUGGUCAAUCCCGGACCCUGGCCUUUCUACAGGCCUCCUUUGACUUGCCACGGGUUGUGAACUUUGACCCUUAUGCCCCUCGAAUCAACCUGGACACCAAAAAGGUGACAGCAACACAGGCCUUUGCUGCUGCGCUGAAGGAGCAUCUGACUGAGCUCUUCAAACAGCCUGUUGAAGACAGACUACUGGCUCUAAAACCAGAUGGAUCUGAAAGUUCUGCAAGUGCUGGACCUGAAUCUGAUCCACCAGAGCAGAGAAGACCACCAAGGUCCCACAGUCCAGGUCGUGCGCCCAUCCAGCCAAUCUUCCAGCCAUAUCCUGUCCCUGUUUAUUUUCCUCCAGAUGCAGGCUGGAAUUCAUCCCAGUAUGCACAGUCCUCUCACCCUCAUAGGGGUCCACCUUUCAAGGCAGGACCAAAGACAAACAAUGAUUCCAGUCACCAGUCGUCCCAAAAACAAGAUAAAAAGCCCCCCGGUGCUCCAGGUGGAGGUAAACAGGGUGCCAAACAGUCUGAUUUCACUAAGAAAGACAAAGGCCAGCCUUCAUCUGGGAAAUCCACUAAAGGAAAUCCUUCAUCUGGGAAAUCCACUAAAGGCAAUCCUUCAUCUGGGAAAUCCACUAAAGGAAAUCCACGGCCUCACAAAAAAGAGUAGAUGCAGCAGCAGAUGUAUUUGCUCUUUUAGGUGGAGGUUAUCAGUAUAUCACAUGAUGGGGAGUACACUUGUUGUUUUGCAUUGUGCAAUAAAAGGCUUGUUGAGUAAUGACA